UCUUCUUCUUAUUCUUCUUGAUUUUUGGAAUAAAGAGUCUCGUUGCUUAAAUUGGUUGUUUUUUUCUUAACAUGUAGUGAUUCUUAAUUGUUGUUUGCUUCCAUGUUCUUCAAUUAUUCGCCCGCAUCAGUUCAACGUUUCUUGAGAUUCUUGAUUUUUGUUCGCCCGCGUAAUUGUGUGCAAUUUCUCUUUUUUCUUGAUUUAUUUUUUUCUCUGACUCUCUCUUAAAGAACGCAUUCGGGUUUCUGUUAUGAGAAAGAGUUUUGGAUGCAAUAAUCCUUUUUUAUUAUAUUCUUUGUCAAAGCUAUAUGAUGAGCAAUAUUCUGGUCCUUUGCUUUUAAAGAUUUUUGGUUGGUAGUAGAAUUCUGGAGGGAGAAAAAGUGAAGAUCAAUAAUCAAGUAUUUCAUUCAAUACUCAUAGGUAAGACUAGUGUAGUCUGCAAUGGGUGAAAGUGGGAAGCGUCCUCGUUCACAUAGGGAUGAUGCAGAUGGGAAGAACCAGAAAAGGAGAACUGAUUGGGAAAGAGACAGAGAUGAAAAGGGAAAUGAUGAACUAGUAGUCUACAGAAUUCUGUGUCCUGAUGGUGUUAUUGGGAGUGUGAUUGGCAAGAAUGGAAAAGUAAUAAAUUCAAUUCGACAAGAAUCGAGAGCAAAGGUCAAGGUGGUGGACCCAUUUCCGGGGGCUAAAGAUAGAGUCAUCACAAUUUAUUGCUAUGUACGUGAAAAGGAAGAUGUUGAGGUCGAUGAGGAAUUCAAUGAUAACGAACCUCUUUGUCCUGCACAAGAUGCACUCCUGAAGGUGCAUGCAGCAAUUGCCAAUGCUGUUGCUGUACUUGGAGAAUCUGACAGAAAGAAGAAAGAUAAAGAUAAGGAGGAAUGCCAGCUUCUCGUUCCAUCUAGCCAGUCUGCUAAUAUCAUUGGGAAAUCUGGUGCAACUAUUAAGAAACUAAGAAGCAAGACAAGAACAAACAUUAAGGUUACUGCCAAGGAUGCCAGUGAUCCGGCUCACGCUUGCGCCUUGGAGUUUGACAAUAUUGUUCUGAUCUCUGGUGAGUCAGAUGCAGUUAAGAAAGCACUUUAUGCAAUUGCUGCGAUCAUGUACAAGUUUACGCCAAAGGAAAGUAUUCCUCUUGAGACUACUAUACCUGAAGCACCGCCAAGUAUCAUCAUUCCAUCAGAUGUUCCCAUAUACCCUGCCACCGGACUUUAUCCAAGUGUAGAUCCUAUUAACCCUGCUAGACCAGUGCCUUCCAUUUUAGGUCCUUCACAUGCACCAGAUAUCCCUGGUUAUGCUGAUGCCGGGACUACAUGGCCAGUGUAUUCAUCUGCUCUUCCUGUGGUUUCUGGUUAUGGCGGUGCAUCACGUGCCGAGGAGUUAUUUAUAAAAUUGUUGUGCCCAUCUAACAAGAUUGGCCGUGUUAUUGGCAAAGGUGGAAGUUCCAUUAGAAGCAUAAGGCAAGAUAGUGGUGCUCGUGUUGAGGUUGAGGACCCCAAAUCUAAUCACAAUGAGUGUGUCAUCACUGUGAUCUCAACAGAGUCAUCAGAUGAUCUGAAAUCCAUGGCGGUUGAAGCUGUGCUAUUGUUACAAGCAAAGAUAAAUGAUGAUGAUGACGACACUGUAACAAUGCGGCUCCUUGUUCCUUCAAAGGUUAUUGGUUGUAUCAUUGGGAAAAGUGGUUCUAUCAUCAAUGAGAUCCGCAAAAGAACUAAAGCAGAUAUACGAAUUUCCAAAGGCGAAAAGCCUAAGUGUGCUAAUGAAAACGAUGAACUUGUUGAGAUUUUUGGACAAGUUGGUAGUGUCAGAGAUGCACUUAUUCAGAUUGUUUUGAGGCUCCGAGAUGAUGUCUUAAAGGAUAGAGAAGACAUCCUUAGUUCUUCUGCUGGUGUUGAGCCAUUAUACGCCGGUGGUGGUUCUCUUCCAAUGUCAUCAGUUUUGUGCAGUGUGUCAUCUGGUGCUGCUUUGGGUUAUGAUCAAAGGGUGGAUACUGGAAGUGGGUUGGGAUUGCUUUCUUCCAGUGGAUAUGGAUAUGGGUCCUUAUCGAUAGGAGACAAUGGCUAUGGAUCAUUAUCUUCUCAUUCAUCAUCACUGCAUGCAGGGUUGCCUCCACCAUCUACUCUGGAAAUGGUUAUCCCUGCACAUGCAGUUGGAAAAGUCAUGGGAAAAGGUGGCACAAAUAUUGACAAUAUCCGUAAGAUUUCUGGAGCAGCCAUCGAGAUUUCAGAUUCCAAAUCCUCCCGAGGCGAUCGUGUGGCUUUGAUAUCAGGGACCACUGAGCAGAAGCGUGCUGCUGAAAACUUGAUUCAGGCAUUCAUUAUGGCCACUUAAGUUAUGGGAAUAGUUGACUCUGUUGAAGUCGGGACUAGCUCGCAGGGUUUCAUAAUUGUUACUUCAUCCUUGCCCUUUAGGUUCCUUCAAGGAGAUUAAUUUAGUUCUUAAGCCUGGUGAACUCUCUCCUCCUCUAUAGGAAAUCUUAUGAAGAUGCUUCUGAAAGCUGAUUGCAUGCUCAGUUUUCAGGAGGUACUGCAUCUUGUUGUGCUGCAAGAUAAAGAUACAUUCAUCUGCAGCAUCAUCAUCAGUUCAUAGGAGAGUUUCUUUCCUUCCGUAGUACUGAUCAGAUUCUCUUCUGCAAAUCUAUGCCCGAGAUUGCUUUUCGCUCAUGAUUUGAUGUUAAGUUGUUUUUCAAAAUCAUAAUACAUGAAUCCUCUAUAUUUUCCUUCUUGUUUUCUGCUGCUUCUUCUGUCUAGCUGAUGUGCCCUUGGUCAAGGUCUAUUCCUUGUAUGCCUGUUCCUCUCUCUUAAUAUGUACAGAAGUAAGUUCAGAACAAGAUCUCUCCUAGUAGAAUGCAUGUGCUUCUGAUAGUAUCUCCCCCCCAAUAUGAAUGCUCUUGCGUGAUAAGUAUCUAUCUCAGCGAUGACCUUUGCAAUUUGGACUGCCCAUUUGUUGAAUGACUUGCAAGGAUUUCCUUGUUAGUUAUUGUUAAUUAAUCUAACUUAAUGUCCCUUAUUUUUUGUACUUUUAUGACCAUCUCCAAUAUCUUUCCUCAAAUCCUAUACAAAUUAUUUUCACACCCUAUUCUGCCUUGUAAGAAUUAGAACCAAGGUUAUAUUGCUCUUAAUUAUCAGGAUCAGCUACCUGUAGCUUUCAUCUAGUUCCUCAGUUUACUGUAAUAUGAGUAUCACUUAAUCCGACCUUCAGCCACUGGGAAUGGGAUGGUUAAUAUAAUGACUCUAUGUAACAUCAGGUAUGCUCAACACCACCCUCGUUUUCUGCUGCUCUGUGUGGAUUUCUGAUUCCAUUUGGCUUCAACAGAUCAAAGUGAAUGCAGCUGUUGGUUCAUGUGUAUUUAGCAGUAGAUGAAACUAAUUCCUCUUUAUAACUAAUAGGAGGGUGCUCGUGGAUUGAGUAGCUGAUGAAAUUACUUCUAUUUAAACUAAUGGAACAGUUUCCCUCUCCCAAUUUGUAUCUCUUCAUUAGAGAUGGCAAUGCAUCCGGAUUCUGGCUCACCAGGUCCAGGAUUUUGGUAUUUUGGACCCAUCUCGAACCUGAUCUCUUUAAUAUUUCUUAUAUUUUCUUAUCAGAUAUAUAUGUACUUGUAUGAUGUAUGUUUAUGCAUGUAUUAAAAAAUGUGUGCAUCUAAUUUAUACUCACAUAUAACACAUAAAAAUAAUACUUUUAUGAAUAAAUAAUGAUAUAGAAUAGUUUGUACAUUUAAUGUAUAUAAAAGUAACAAAUAUUUUGAGAUUUUUUAUAUUUUAAAGCCUGAAAUAUACACAUAUAUAUGAAAAAGUUAGUUGUUUCUCAUAACAUUAUAUCAUAUUCAGGAACUAGAAAGUUAAGAUAGUAUUAUGUUAAUAAGUAUACUUUUAAAUAUUCUAAAAAAUAUUAUUAAUUGGGUCUAGAGGGUCUAACCUACCUACCAGGUCUCAGGUUGGGGGAGGGGGGGAGUGGUUCUCGGCUUUUGGCCCGUCCAAACCUGGUCUAUUGCCAUCUCAGCUCUGAAGUAAAAUUUAUAAAGAUGAAGGAUUCAAUUACUUUGGCUUCUUCCAAGAUUUAUACCUUCUUGUUGUGUUCUUUCGUCAGUUUGCUGCAUGAUCUGUCGCCAGCAAGUUCAUGAGGUUGAGUCUAUUUUAACUCAAAACAAAAGGAAAAUCUCUUCUCCCUAUUAGUUUCCCCAUAACGAUAACAAGCAAUGCCAUAUCAUCUGCCGGUGUUCUAACCUUAAUGAUUUUUACUAUUACCAUUUUCUGCUUUUUAGUAGGCUUCGAAUCCAUUUUGUGCAUGCUUGAGCUUACUUUCCACUGAUCCACAAUGUGUGGAAGUGGUCUCUGCUCAAUUAUCAGCCGUCUGUCAUUAUGUGCAGUAUUGGUCUGACAGCUCUGCUUUGAAUAACAAAGCAGUUUUGCUGUGUUCUGAAUCAGAAUAGAUCUUGAAUCUUAAUAUCCGUCUGCUGUACAUGUGUAUGCUUUGCUUUAAUCCUCAUAUUGCUGGCAGCAAUCCAGUUCUUUUCUUCUAUUAUGUUUCCCUCUUUGUUUUUGUUUCUUUUUUUGGGUUUCUUUCCUUAGCACUUUAGUCUCUUUUUCUUCGGGGUGGGGGGGAAGGGGUUAUGUUGGUGGCAGGUGGGGCGAGGGCGACGGGAAAAGGGUAUGAUUUAGUGAGCAUGCAGAUUAGAUUAGAUUCUCUUGAUUUAUCCAGAAUGGAUCCAGUCAGAAAGGAUAUAUGUGGUUUUUCUGUCAGGAUAUUAUUUAUAAAGCCAAUUGAGGUCCUGAUUUUCUUUUCUUCUCAGUGUGGCAUUAACUCGGGAUGAGUGUAGAUGGUAUUUUGCUAUAUCAGCUCAGCUAGAAUAUCUAGUUUUCAAGCUGGUGUAUGCCGUUUUAUUGUCUUUCUCACUCGUGAUUAAGUUGCAUCGUUGUUUAUGCAUAAGUUCGCUUCCGCCCUCCAUUUGACUUUCUUAACUUGAAAUACCUCCUGGUAGUCCUUGUUGGAUGUGUCUGGAGUGGAUGGAAAGUGCUUUAUAGUUUGUGGAUUGGGUGGCAUUAACGUCCUUUCGUCAUGAAUGUGUAGUCUCCUCCAGUUUUAGGACGGACCUCAAGCCUGUGGAGUUGUAGCAGAUAGGGUAUGUUAGUGGAGAUUGAUGCAGUUAUCUUAUUGAAAAGAGCUUCUUUGGAGGCCGUAAUAGUAUGUCCUAGAUUUUGUUUUGACAGCAGAUGUGGGAGGUUAGCAUGUCGCUCUAUCUUCAGGAUUGUUGAUUGAUCUCAAGUAAUUUUCAAUGUAUUCUGUAAUUGUGGUUUCUCGUGUGAUAGUUAUAGCAGGAUCUUGGCUGAUGAUUUCAGGUGUUUUCUCUAUGAAAGUAUUGAUGGAAACACAUGGAUAUAUUACCUGUAAAAAAGUAAAUAUAUUGCAUUUUCUUCCCA